GGGACCAUUUUCUGUCACAAACAGUACAAUACCAUCAAUUAAUAUAGGAUAGAAUACAUCUCACAGUUUCUUCUCUUUUCUAAGAGAGAGAACAAGAAGAACAAAAAAAAAAUAAUAAUAAUAAAAAAUAAAAAAAAGAAGGUACAUAACCUAUGAUUAUCAAAUAAUACUAGAACUUAACAUGCUCUCCAUCAUCCCACUUCCUAUUUUUCAGAUUAUGUCCACUCUUGUUUUGGUCCUUCACUGUUGGAUUAAUGGCAUGCCAUUGUAAUGCCUUGAAAGCACAAAGCGGUCCCCUCCACCAAGAAUCAUCUACAAAAUUAACAUACCAUUCCUAAAAUAUCAACAUGCAUUCAAUCUUACAGCUCAACAUCAGCUCUACCCCUUCAAGUCAUCUGCAAUGGAGUUCUAUCCGAAAAAAACUCUGUGGAGCUUCAUGGAUGAAGAGAGAAGGAACAUAAACUUACCUCGGAGACUCUCCUUCGGCAUUCAUGAACCCGAGCCCCACUUUGUUUCAGCAAGAUCAUCUUCCGCAUCCGCAACAUCAUUCCCACUAUGGUCUAACAGUCCCGAGACACCAUGGACGCUAUCCCCACCGCGAACGUCUCCUUCCCCUUCACUUCUCUAUCACUGCUUGGCGUCACUCCACCGCCAUGAAGGUAACAUCUUCUCCAUAGCAGUCUCGAAAGAUUUUAUCUUCACUGGCUCUGAUAGUAGUAGAAUCCAUGCAUGGAAGCAACCAGAUUGCACAGAGAUGGGCUAUAUUAAGGCCAGUGCUGGUGAAGUUCGAGCAAUAUUGGCUUACGGGAAACUACUCUUCACCACACAUGGUGACCGCAAAAUACGUGUGUGGGAUGUGUCUCUGACUGAGAACUUCAGACCAAAGAAGAUUGCAACCCUACCUCGAAGUUCAUUCUUCUUGUACCCAAGAAAGAACAGCCAUCAGCACAAGGACUACAUCUCCUGCACAGCUUACAAUCAUGCAGAAAAGAUUUUAUAUACAGGUUCAUGGGAUAAAACAGUUAAAGCUUGGAAAGUUUCGGAGCGAAGAUGCAUUGAUUCAUUUGUGGCUCAUGAAGGUCACGUCAACGCAAUUGUGGUCAACCAAGAAGAUGGAUGUGUGUUCACUUGUUCCUCUGAUGGCACGGUGAAGUUAUGGAGAAGGGUUUAUGGAGAGAGCUCGCAUAUUCUCACUAUGACCCUAAAAUUCCAACUCUCACCAGUUAAUGCCUUGGCGUUGAGCACAUCAUCAAGUGGUUGCUUCCUCUACUCCGGUUCGUCUGAUGGGCUUAUAAACUUUUGGGAGAAGGAGAAGAUGUCGGGUAGAUAUAAUCAUGGAGGAUUUCUACAAGGUCAUCAUUUCUCUGUUCUUUCUUUAGUAUCCAUAGGGGACUUGGUCCUUAGCGGAUCCGAAGACGCAACUAUAAGGAUAUGGAGGAGAGAAGAAGGAAAUACUUUUCAUUCAUGUCUUGCUGUCAUGGAUGGUCAUCAUGGGCCGGUGAGGUGCUUAGCCGUUUCUCUGGAGACAGAGGAUACUGUAAUUGGGUUACUAGUUUACAGUGCAAGCUUGGAUCAAACUUUCAAGGUAUGGCGAGUUAAAGUUUAUCCCAGUGAGAAGGUGAACUUGGAAAGCUCUGUGGAAACUGAUCAUCAGUCGGAGAUUAUGGAGAGUCAGAUGAGUCCCGUGUUGUCGCCAUCGUGGGUAGAGAAGAAGAUUCAAGCCAGCCUUUUUUAGUAUGAAAACAAGAAAACAAUAAUCCGAGCAGAAUGGAGUGAUGUGGGCUAUGAUUACUACUCUAAAUCUCAUGAUACUAACAUAGCAGUCAUUAACAAAGAUUGCUUUCUACUGCAACAACUGUUUGUCUGUUUCAGAAAUUAAAUAUCACAAAAAAGAGUAGUGUAUAACUUCAGAAUCUAAUUUUGAGUUUGUCUGCAUUAUAUA